GCAGCUGGCCGCGAGUGCGCGGCGCCCCACGGAACUUCUCCUGCAGCCGCCCCGGCGGCGUCCGCCUGUCCCAUGUCUCGCAAGGCGAGCGAGGACGUGGAGUACACGCUGCGCAGCCUGAGCAGCCUGAUGGGCGAGAGGCGCCGCCGGCAGCCGGAGCCCGGGGCGCCGGGCGGGGAGCGCAGCCUCUUGGCCGCCGAGUCGGCCGCCAGCCUGCAGGGCGCAGAGCUGGAGCGCGCGGCGCGCAGACAGUUCCAGCGCGACGAGACCCCCGCCUUCGUGUACGCGGCCGCCGCCUUCUCGGCGCUCGGCGGCUUCCUGUUCGGCUACGACACCGGCGUGGUGUCGGGGGCCAUGCUGCUGCUGCGGCGCCAGAUGCGCCUGGGCGCGAUGUGGCAGGAGCUGCUGGUGUCGGGCGCGGUGGGCGCGGCCGCCGUCGCGGCGCUGGCCGGAGGGACCCUGAACGGCGCCCUCGGUCGGCGCAGCGCCAUCCUGCUGGCCAGCGCCCUGUGCACCGUGGGCUCCGCCGUGCUGGCCGCCGCCGCCAACAAGGAGACGCUGCUGGCCGGCCGCCUGGUCGUGGGGCUCGGCAUCGGCAUCGCAUCCAUGACAGUGCCUGUGUACAUAGCCGAGGUCUCUCCACCCAACCUGAGAGGUCGCUUGGUCACCAUCAACACCCUCUUCAUCACAGGCGGACAGUUUUUUGCAAGUGUUGUCGAUGGAGCCUUCAGUUACCUGCAGAAGGAUGGAUGGAGGUACAUGCUGGGACUCGCGGCCAUUCCAGCUGUUAUACAGUUUCUUGGAUUCCUCUUUUUGCCCGAAAGCCCUCGGUGGCUCAUACAGAAAGGACAGACUCAGAAGGCCCGGCGAAUCUUGUCCCAGAUGCGUGGCAACCAGACCAUUGAUGAGGAGUAUGACAGCAUCAGGAACAGCAUCGAAGAGGAGGAAAAGGAAGCCACCGCAGCUGGACCUGUAAUCUGCAGAAUGCUGAGCUACCCCCCGACUCGCCGAGCGUUAGUUGUGGGAUGUGGUUUACAGAUGUUCCAGCAGCUCUCGGGCAUCAACACCAUCAUGUACUACAGCGCGACCAUCCUCCAGAUGUCCGGCGUAGAAGAUGACAGACUUGCAAUAUGGCUGGCUUCCAUUACAGCGUUCACCAAUUUCAUUUUCACACUGGUGGGGGUCUGGCUCGUUGAGAAAGUGGGUCGCAGGAAGCUUACCUUUGGUAGUUUGGCAGGUACCACAGUAGCACUCAUUAUUCUUGCCUUGGGAUUUCUGCUCUCAGCUCAGGUCUCACCACGGGUCACUUUGAGACCAACGGCUCCUUCGGGUCAAAAUGCCACCUGCACAGGAUACAGUUACUGUAACGAGUGUAUGCUUGAUCCAGACUGCGGCUUCUGCUACAAGAUCAACAGCUCAGCUGUCAUCGAUUCCUCCUGUGUUCCAGUUAACAAAGCAUCUACAAGUGAAGCAGCCUGGGGCAGGUGUGAAAACGAAACCAAGUUCAAAGCAGAAGAUGUUCACUGGGCCUACAGUUUCUGCCCUACGCCGUUCUACUGGACAGCGCUCGUGGGCCUGGUGUUAUAUCUGGUUUUCUUUGCACCUGGAAUGGGACCAAUGCCCUGGACCGUGAACUCCGAAAUCUAUCCUCUCUGGGCAAGAAGUACAGGAAAUGCCUGCUCAGCUGGAAUAAACUGGAUUUUCAACGUGCUGGUUUCAUUGACCUUUUUACACACAGCAGAGUAUCUUACAUACUAUGGAGCCUUCUUCCUCUACGCUGGAUUCGCUGCGGUGGGACUGCUUUUUGUCUACGGCUGUCUCCCAGAAACCAAAGGGAAAAAAUUGGAGGAAAUCGAAUCGCUCUUUGACCACCGGCUAUGUACAUGUGGCACCGCCGACUCGGAUGAAGGGCGAUACAUUGAGUACAUCCGUGUGAAGGGGAGCAACUAUCAUCUCUCCGACAACGAUGCUUCUGACGUGGAGUAACUUCCACCGAUGACUUUCCAGUUACUGAAGUGAACGUGGCGGGAAGGCCAGCGGUUGGUCACUGCCCUGCUCGCAAACUGAGGCUCCCCACAGUCCUUACAAAUGACUCCGUAUUCCAGAAGACUUGAUGAGCAGAAAAAUACAACCGUGGCGAUGUUUAUUUUCAUACACAGAAAUGCUAAAAUGAAAAAAAAAAAAGAGAGAAAAAACCCACAGAUUUUUCUUAAGUAAAUGUGUAUAAGCCCUUCCCGAGACAGUCUAAACAUUACUGUUGUGCCCAGUGACUUCAAUUGGGAUCCCUUUCUCCUUAAACCGCAUAUAAUUAUUAGUGGCAAUACAGUCCGUGCUAAUCUAGGCAGAUUAUAUAUGUAUAUUUAUAAAGAUUAUUUAAAAUGAUCUAAAGAUAUUUAAUGUCAAAACGUGGCCUAUUGACCCUAAAUUUUCAUAUCAGGUAGUGGCUUUUCUCUGAUCAGCGCAAAGUGAAUUCCAUCUCAACAUCCAUCCACAAAUUCAGAAGUCCUAUGAGGACACAGCUGUCUCUCUUGCCUUUGGAUUCCAGAUGUUGGCUUCUCCAACACAGAUAUGGAAAUUCCCUCCAAGGCUGAGUACCCAGGAUCUGUUGAACAUUACCCAAAGCGGGCCUUUUAAGGGUUAUUUUCAUACUUUUUUUUUUUUUUUUUGCAUCAGUAACGAGUAUAUUUGCAGAGACACGCUAGCAUGUUUUGAUAAGUAUAUUUUAUUGUCUAAGUAAGAAAGAAGAGAUUUUUAUAUUUCCUGAUUCGUUAGUCACUGUGGACUGCAGCUGUGUGAAGCGGUGCCAGGUGGUCAGCUGUAGUCCAGGGUCAGGUCCACACCAGACUCUGCAUUGUCGCGCCCCGGCUCCUGCUGUUCCGUGCCUUCCUUGGUGUUAAGCAACAGCUGCUGGCAGACUGCUUCUCUCUCUGAUACACAGGAGGGAAGAAGUUAGUGGCAGAGACGUUACUGACAUUUAAUUUGAAUCCUAGGACUUCUUCCUCCAGAUGUUUUAUUGGUUUGUACUAAGGACAGGAGCACACCUCACUUCUAAUUCCUUGAGAUUUCCCCGAGGACGUGAACUACUUUUAAUCCCGUGUUCUUUUCCCAUUCUUAGUGAUUUGCUACACAAGCAGAAAUUUGAAUGUGGUGUCUGCUUCCUUAUUCUCAGACUUGGUUUGGUUUCUGUCUGGAGAUAUGGAGAUUUCUCCGUUGGAAAAAGAUGUAGAUAGGUUCUAAUGGCCAGUCUGUAAAUCAUGUUGACUUUCUAUCGUAUCUCUCCAAGUAUUUGAUGGUUUCUAUGUUCAUUCAGCCCUGAGUUUCUAAUUCUUACCACCCUACUAAGAGCUGUGUGAUACAAACAAAAUGGCAUGCUCAUAAAAAUCACUCGCAUGUUCUUCUAAAGCUAUGGAUGACUCUAAUGACGAGUUAGGAACACAUCAGUUAGAUGCUGCACACCGUUAUCUAAACACCUAAUUAAGGUACAUACCCAGGUGAGUGAUGGCGAGUGACAGAGGAGAGCAUCUCUGCCAAUCUCCAAAACGUCUGUUCUUGCUGCUUCUUACCGUGCUUACCAAGCAGAGACUGUAGCGAAGGAAGCUACCCUCCAGUCACCGCAGUCAGUUUCCUGCUCUACACAUCCUUCAGCCAAAAGAAGAAGAGGUUCUCUCUGGUUAUUUAAUGUUAUUAUUUAAGAAAAAUCAACGAACAUAAUAUUUUUGGAAAAGUUUUCCUUAAAUUAGGUGCUUUGAAAUUUAUUUAUAGAUAAUAUUAGUACUGAUUUUUCUCUAGAGCAGAGGAUAUCAUUUAAUAGGAUGUAUUACUUCAUAGUUCUGAUCUAUUAAGAUAUUUCUUAACUCAAUAGCACUUUACGAGAUCAAAUGUGGUACAGUUAGAAUGUUAUGGGAAGAAGAAAUGAGUAAAGUGGUCCUUUGAUUCUUCCCUUCAAGGUCCACAUAGCCUUGAGCACACAGGCAUCUCAGCAGAGCUGGCACAGGGCGCCUUUUAAAAGGGACAGCUAGAAUCCUUAGUCCUGAAAGCAAGGUGUGACCUGUUCUUGCUGACAUAAAAACAUGUUCUCAGAUUUAUGUCCAUAAAUUAACAAAAAAUUGGGAAAUCGUCCACAUUCUUCCUGCCCUGUUUUCUUCAUUAUUUCCAAAAACUAUUUGUUAUCUAUAUAGUAACAGUAACUCAUACCUUUAACAUACAAGACAGAGAGGCACAUAUAAGACCUAUUUAUAAUUUGUCAAAAACAACUCAGUACUUGAAAAAGGAACCUUCUAUAAUCCAGAUAUGAUUUUUAUGGAUUUGCUGAACAUUUAUAUUAAAUUUUCAGAUUUUUAUUCUAUGAAACACCUGUUCUAUUAAACCAUCAAAUGUAUAUUUUGUAGGACAAUUUCUAUAUGAUAUGAUGUGACCUGACACAUUAAAACAGACAUAUUAAGCAGUGUACUUGCUACUGCCGUGAUAAGCUUUCUUUCCAAACACAUUCCAAAUCCAAUGCAGUUGUACUUCAUUUGGGAACAUUGAGUGAAGAAGGUCAUGACUAUUCCUGAAAUCUGGCUGGGUGGCUAAUGCAGGUGAAUCAAGAAUGCAUCAUUUUGUAUGCACGUAAGCACAUGCUGGUGAAAAUAAUGUCAAAAAGACUUGAUGUUGUGAUCUAUUAAUAUGGUUCAGUGUUAGCGCGCUGGCCUAAAAAGAUUGGGUCUUAAUAUUUUUCUUCCAUAUAAACAUCUGUAAUGAUUUUGAUGGUUACACCUACAUUGGCCAGCAUCCAAACCAUGACUUUGAAUAUACAUGUAGAAGAUCUGAAUAAAAGGUAUCUCCAGGAGAAAACCCA